AUGGCGCGGCCGGCGGGGGAGGAGGCGGCGGCGGCGGCGGCGCGGCGUCGGGGGGAGAGCCCGACGGCCAGCCGGCUGCUGGUCUCCUUCCAGUACGUGCACGUGCAGCUGGGCGGCGGCGCGCCCUGGGGCUUCACCCUGCGCGGGGGGCUGGAGCACGGCGAGCCCCUCAUCGUCUCCAAGGUGGAGGAUGGCGGGAAGGCAGCCUUGUCGCAGAAGAUGCGCCCUGGGGAUGAGCUGGUGAACAUCAACGGGACCCCGCUGUACGGCUCUCGGCAGGAGGCUCUGAUCCUCAUCAAGGGCUCCUACCGCACGCUCAAGAUGAUCAUCAGGAGGAGGAACGUGCCCGUCAUCAGGCCUCACUCAUGGCACCUGGCCAAGCUGUCCGAGGUCCGGACUGAGACCGCCACCAUGCACUUUCCUGCAGAUGCCUUCAGCCUCUCCUGGCACUCGGGAUGUGACACCAGCGACCUGUCCUUGCCGUGGAACCCGCUGUCACGCCACUGCAGCACCGACAAGAGCAGCUCCCUUGGGAGCAUGGAGAGUCUGGACCAGCCGAGCCAGACCUACUACGAGGGCAGCCUCUCCCCCAUCGACCAGGCCAUGUACCAGAACAAGCGCGACUCCGCCUACAGCUCUUUCUCUGCCAGCUCUAACACUUCCGACUCUGCCUUGAGACCCGAAGAGAACAGCUCUGCCGAAUACACCCAGCAAGGCCAGCUGCCGGACCCCCGCUACCUGCAGACGGGCAGCGAGGGCGGCGAGACAUCGGGCACAGUGGGCCUGCCGUCCCUGGCCGGCCAGCUCAGCGCCAGGCCAGCCUCCUGCACUCAGGAAAGCCACUUUCCCAGCUCUGCCAAAGCCUUUGCCCCUCCCCAGCCCCCUGUGAGGCAGGACAGCCUGCGAGCUUGCAACCCCUCGCCAGCCGGCACGGAGACGCAGGGGGCCUUGCCCCAGGCCAAUUCGUUGCACCCCAAAGGCAGGUGGACCUCCGACAUCUCUCUCUGUGUGCGUGGCAGAGACUCCGCAGGGACCUGUGGGCAGUUGGCCUCCGCGAGCCACGCCAAAGAAUCUCUCCCCACAGACCAGUAUUAUCUGCUGAGCUCCCACGCAGAGAGACACCUGCCCAUGGAGAGAGGAGCGCAGAGCGUGGAGUCGCUUUUGAACGAGGAGGGAGAGGUUCCUCCUCCGGAAGAGCCUGCCCAGCGCGUGGACAGCCAGGAGCGUGAGGCUGAGCUGGGCGACCGGAGCAAUGUCUCUCCUGUCGCUUGGAAGGACUGUUGGUCAGGACCCCUGGCUCAUCGGCACAGCGCCCCCGAGCAGCUGUUGGCUGCCCAGUUGCAGGCUCUGAACGUGGCCCAUAGCCAGGAGGGACCUCACUGGACUGUUUCUCCACUACAUGUGGGGAGCAGGAGCCCCAGAACCCAGGAGUCGUGGCAGACGCAGGGCCACGGCUGCCAGAGCCGGCCUGGUCAGGCACAGGAGCGGGACAUCCGCCCGGCAUCAGGGGAAGGGCCUCUGUCUCCCAGGAGCAGCCACGCCGUUCAAGAGAGGCCCAGGAGCGCCUCGGUCGAAUUGCCCUCGUCCCUGCUGAUGCCGCCUUCAGAGGAUGCCGACUCGGCCUCCAAGGCUGUCCCCACCAUGGAUCCUUUAACAGAAGGGGGACGAGACAGUGAAGGGAGCCGGCCCGCCGCGAGGAAGGGAGGCUCGGCCCAGCACCGCUCGGCCCAGAUGCGCCGGCGCAGCGACCGUUUUGCCACCAAUCUGCGCAACGAGAUCCAGUGGCGCAAGGCCCAGCUCCAGAAGGCCAAAGGCUCCGCCAUGCUUCUGUGCGGAGAGGAGCCGGUGCAAGAGGCGGAGGAGCCCCCUGACAGCCCCACUGCUCCCGCCCCCUCUCCUCCUCCACCACCCCCCUCCGCCCCUGUUCCUCCACCUCUCCCAGCAGAGAGCAGGCCGCCACACCGAACUGCUGCCGGCCCCAAGCGCUGGGGCUCUGAGCUGAGCGUGCUGUGGGGAGAGGCGGCUCCCCAGAGCCCCAGCAGGGUGCCUUCAGAGCCCAAGUGGAAAGCCCCCUUGCCAGAAAUGGAGAAGCCCCCGGCGGCCCUGCCGUUGCCGUCUGGGGGAAGAGGCCGCUGGCGGUGGUCUCCGGAGCACAAAUUGCAGCCGCACUCUCAGAGCCCCCCGGGGCUGAAGCUGGGCUCACCUUCACAACCUCCAGAGGAAUCCGGCCUCCUGCCUUUUGCCGACAGGCGGAAGUUCUUCGAGGAGACGAGUAAGGCUCCGGCCUCUGCACACGCAGCCUCCCGCCAUGGCCGGCCCGGAGGUUUGCGUCCCAGGGCAGUGGAGCAAAACUCUUUCCAGCCGGUGAGUUCUGAGCACAGAGACCAGCAGCGGCACUCCAUGGACCAUCCCUACUGCCCUCCGUCCUCUCCUCCCGUCUACCCGGAGUUCCGGCCAGAGGUGCCUGGGUUUUACAAGCCAAUGGCCCGACACAGGGACUGUGAGUGUUGGCGGCCCCUUCCCUGUGCUUGUGUGGCCCGAGAGGCCUGUGCCUACUGCGGUGGGGAGAGAUGCCCCACCUUGCUUCAGAGGAACAUGCCCGUGCCAUCCAGCCACUGUACCCACCGCUGCCACCCUCGCCCCUGGGCCCGCUGCACUGACUGCUGCUGCCCAGCUCAGCACCAGCUCUUGGAGGAUGGAGGUCCCUGGCAAGGCAGGAAGACCUACCCACCGGAAUUUCCCUUGGAUGAUUGGGAGCCUCCGGCGAUAAACAGAAAGAACAGCCAGUCAAUGAGCGAGCUGGCACAACAGAAGAUGGGCUUUGUGAGGGUCGGCCCCUUCUGGCCCCGCUCAGAAAACUUUGAGCCCGAGUGGCCUCCUUUCUGCCGGGCUUCAUCCACUCACAGCCUCUCUUGGGAUGGCGAGAGGCCCAGCCGAGCUGAGGAGGAGGAGGGUGCCUACGAGGAGGGUGCCGCUGAACCACGCAGACACCCACUGCGCGAAAGGGCGUAUUCCGAAAGCCAUCUCUGCGGAGAGUCGGGCGGUGCUUCCAGGAGACAGAGGCAGGAGGCCCCGCUGGCCAAGUUGGAGGAGCUGCCUUGCCUGGCCAAAAAGAAGGGCCUGCCCCCUCCACGACCCCCACCCCCAAAGUGGGAGAAGUACCACCCACGCCGUGCCUCCCACCACCAGCUGCUGCCCACUGAGGGUGGCCUGGCGGCUGUCCCGGAAGACUCUUGCACCUCCAGCCAGAACAACGCGGACGUGGCCAGGCAGCGGUCUCAGAGUCUGCCCCUGGAGCACUUCUGGGGUGAUGCGGCCCAGGAGGCCCAGCUCAGGCCUCGGGGAUCCCCCGUGCCCAAGGAGCCGGGCAGCCUGCACUACUACUGCCGUGGCUCGCCACGGGGGACUCCGGAGUGGCUGACCCCAGACUUGAGCGGCGAGAGUGACUCUUCCAGGCCAGCAAGUUCCCUAGCAGAGGACGCAAAACCCGAGCUCUCGUGGGAUAAGGAGCAGAAUGCAGAGUCUAGCAGAGGCCCAGAGAAGCCGCGGGCCAGCCCCUCCAGUCUGUGCUCCAAAGACGACGAGUCUGCGCAAGAGCGUGCUGGAGGAGAGAGCCGCCCUCCAGGCAUGGCAAGCCCAGCACCACCCUUCCGCCUGAACUCAGAAGAGCUGAUGAGGGAUGUGGCAGGCAGGGACCGUUCCCUGGCUGGUGUGCUGAAUCCCGCCUCAGGACCGGUGACUGCAGCCGAGGUGAUGAGCGACCUCUUCUCCCCCAGCGAGUGGAAGGGGCAGGACUGGCAACCACAGGUGGCUGGCAAGGGACUUCCCGAGAGGCAUCCGGCUCAGCCCGUCUCUCCGACCUCAGGGGGCACCUCCUGUUCAGCCUAUUACAACCUGUCAUCAGGAAAGGCCGAGCUGCUGAACAAGAUGAAAGAGCUUCCAGGAGCCAGUGUGGAAGAGGAGGAACCGGACCAUGAUCUGGCCCGGAAGAAGGUGCAGCUGAUUGAGAGCAUCAGCCGGAAGCUGGCGGUGCUGCAGGAGGCACAGCGGGGCUUGCAGGAUGACAUUAACGGCAACGUCGUCCUGGGCAAAGAAGUGGAGAGUCAUGUCAAGGGGGUCUGCAAGCCUCACGAAUUUGAGAAGUUCCGCCUCUUCAUCGGAGACCUGGACAAAGUGGUCAACCUGCUUCUCUCGCUCUCGGGGCGACUGGCCAGGGUGGAGAAUGCCCUUGGCAGCCUGGGUGCCGAUGCCCCAGAGGAAGAAAAGCUGGCCCUGCUGGAGAAGAAGCGGCAGCUGACAGCCCAGCUAGAGGACGCCAAGGAACUGCAGGAGCACGUCGCUCAGCGGGAGCGCGUGGUCUUCACCAGCGUGUCGCGCUGCCUGCCCGGCGAGCAGCUACAGGACUACCAGCAUUUUGUGCGCAUGACGUCGGCGCUCGCCAUCCAGCAGCGGCAGCUGGAUGACAAGAUCAAGCUGGGCGAGGAGCAGCUCCGCUGCCUGCGGGAGAGCCUGCGCCGGGUGCCCUGGGACUGCUAGCGGAGCCCUGCUUGGCGGCCACCG